GAUAUACUCUUCUGUGUCUCCAAGUUUCUCUUGUUUAAAGCCCAAGCAAACCCAGGGAAAAAAAAUUUUCAUCUUUUUCUCCGUCUCGGUCUCUCUCUCUCUCUCUCGCUCCGAUCUUCGCCAUGGUUCUCGAAGCUACUAUGAUUUGCAUCGAUAAUUCCGAAUGGAUGCGGAAUGGGGACUACGCUCCCAAUCGGUUCCAGGCCCAGGCCGACGCCGUCAAUCUUAUCUGUGGUGCUAAGACGCAGUCGAAUCCGGAGAACACUGUGGGUGUGCUGACGAUGGCUGGGAAAGGUGUUCGUGUUCUGGUUACUCCUACUAGUGAUCUUGGCAAGAUCCUAGCUUGUAUGCAUGGGCUCGAAAUAGGAGGUGAGAUGAACUUGACUGCGGGGAUCCAGGUUGCUCAGUUGGCUCUCAAACACCGUCAGAACAAAAAACAGCAACAAAGGAUUAUAGUUUUUGUUGGGAGCCCAAUAAAACAUGAUAAGAGUUUGUUGGAAGCAAUUGGGAAGAAAUUAAAAAAGAACAAUGUCGCUCUAGAUAUUGUUGACUUUGGAGAAUCUGAUGAUGACAAACCUGAAAAACUGGAGGCUCUUCUUGCUGCUGUAAACAAUAAUAACACAAGUCACAUAGUGCACGUACCUCCUGGUCCUAAUGCCCUUUCAGAUGUACUCAUAAGCACUCCCAUAUUUACUGGAGAUGGGGAAGGCGGAAGUGGAUUUGCUGCAGCAGCAGCUGCAGCCGCUGCAGGUGGCAUGGGUGGAUUUGAUUUUGGUGUGGAUCCAAACAUAGAUCCUGAGCUGGCUCUUGCUCUUCGAGUUUCAAUGGAAGAGGAGCGGGCAAGGCAGGAAGCUGCUGCUAAAAAGGCUGCAGAAGAUGCUGCAAACCAAGAAAAAGGAGUUGAACAGGCAUCAAGUUCUCAGGAUGCAACUAUGGCUGAAACAACUAGCAGUUCAAGAGCUGCAGCUGAUGAUAAGCGGCAGGAUUUGACGGAUGAUGACACUGCAUUGCUGGAGCAAGCCCUUGCAAUGUCAAUGGAUGACACUAGGUCUGGCGGUGCUGCUAUGGCUGAUACUGAUAUGUCAGAUGCAACUACAGACGACCAGGAGCUGGCUUAUGCCCUUCAAAUGUCUGUCCAGGACAACGUGAAAGGCUCACCAAGCCAAUCUGAAAUGAGCAAAGCGCUGGAAGACCAAACAUUUGUCACAUCUAUCCUUAGUUCGCUUCCUGGUGUUGACCCUAAUGAUCCCUCUGUGAAAGAUUUGCUGGCAUCUUUGCAAGGUCCAUCCGAGUCCCAGCAAAAGCAAAAUGAAGAUAAGUCAGGAAAUGAAGGUGGCAAGUGAAUGUUCUGUUUACAUGGCCUGCAAAUUACGUUUCUUUCGCAUUUAGAUCUUUUGGUGGAUGGCAAACCGGGGCCGGAUUCUCUAGAAGAAUAUUUUUUUAAGAACUUUGAUAAACAAAAACCUUGUUUGAUUAUCAACAGAAGCAAAGCAUAUUUCCUUCUCAUCAUCAUUUGUUCUCUAAAUAGAGUCAUGUGAUCACUGAAAUAUAUGCUUUCCUUUGGCCACAUGGUUUCAUGAAACAUAUCAGGAAUCA